AUGGCCGCAGCGCUGGCGCUGAGGGUAGUCGUGGGGCUGGCGGCCGCGGCGCUGGCGGCGGUGCUCUUGGAACACUACGGCUUGGCCAAUCCGCCUUCGCCACUGUCCCAGCCCCGCCGCUCCUGGAGCCCGCACCCCGCGCCGGGCUCCCGAGACAACAACAUCUUCUGGGGUCUGCAGAUAUCCGACAUUCACUUGAGCAGGUUUCAUGAUCGAGGCAGAGCGGUAGACUUAGAGAAGUUCUGUUCUGAAACUAUUGACAUCAUUCAACCAGCUCUCGUCCUAGCAACAGGAGACCUGACUGAUGCUAAAACAAAGGACAUGCUAGGAUCCAGGCAGCAUGAAGUAGAAUGGCAAACUUACCAGAGUAUUCUGAAGAAGACAAAGGUUAUGGAAAAAACCAAGUGGCUGGAUAUCAAAGGAAAUCAUGAUGCAUUCAAUAUUCCAAGUCUGGAGAGUGUUGAGAAUUAUUACAGGAAAUACUCUGCUGUGCAUAGGGAUGGUUCUUUCCAUUAUGUCCACAGUACUCCUUUUGGCAAUUACUCUUUCAUCUGUGUGGAUGCCACUCUCAGUCCAGGGCCUAAGAGACCCUAUAAUUUCUUUGGAAUUUUAAAUGAGAAACAAAUGGAAGAGCUUUUGUUACUGGCCAAGGAAAGUAGUCAGAGCAACCAUACUAUUUGGUUUGGACAUUUCACAACAUCUACUAUCCUUUCUUCAUCACCAGGAAUCCGGUCAAUAAUGAGUUCAGCUACAGCUUAUUUGUGUGGGCACCUCCAUACACUUGGUGGACUGAUGCCUGUUUUGCACACUCGACACUUCCAGGGCACUUUAGAACUUGAGAUGGGAGACUGGAAAGAUAACAGAAGGUACCGGAUCUUUGCUUUUGACCAUGACCUUUUUAGCUUUGCAGAUUUGACUUUCGGCAAGUGGCCUGUGGUUCUUAUAACCAACCCUAAGUCACUCCUCUAUAGUUACGCUAAACAUGAACCCCUAGAAAGACUCCUUCACUCAACGCACAUCAGAGUCUUGACCUUCUCUUCAUCCUCCAUUACUUCUGUCACAGUUGAGAUUGAUGGAGUUCAUUUAGGGGAGGCUAUUCAUUUGUCUGGUCCUAUUUUCAUACUAAAGUGGAAUCCCAGAAACUACAGUGAUGGGACACACCAAAUAGAAGUAAUUGUGCAGGAUUCUGCUGGGAGGAAAAAGACUGUUCACCACAUAUUUUCUCUUGAAGAAGAUCUUCAUCUCACUUUUGAUCCCCUGGCAUCAUUUAUUCUCCUUACUGAUCAUUAUAUUGUGGCCCGGGUCCUUUUUGUGCUUAUUGUGCUGAUCCAGCUCACCAUCCUCAUUAUUUUUAGGUUACGAAGACAUCCUGAGCUUAAAGGACCUCCAGGAUUUGUAAAUCUGACCUCAUUUUCCCUUCAUGUAUUGAGCAAAAUAAACAUUUUCUACUAUUCUGUGUUGUUGCUGACCCUAUAUACAGUCUUUGGACCAUGGUUUGUUGGUGAAAUCAUUACAGGAAAAUUGGGUUGCUGCUUUUCUUUUGGGAUCUUUGUUGAUGGACAUUUCCUACAAGGCAGCUUAACAUUUAUAGUUGGAAUUCUCCAGCUGGUGUUUUUUAACAUACCCUUGAUGGCUUACCUGUGUUGGAGCUUGUUGCAGCGGUGCUUUGGUCACAACUUCAGGUCUCAUCUCCACCAUGGAAAAUACUUGAAGAUUAUACCUGUUUACCUACUUAUUCUACUAUUAUACAUCUGGCAGGUUUAUUCCUGCUACUUUCUUCAUGUGACUUACGGCACCCUGGCUUUUUUCUUCUCCCCUUUGCGGACCUGGUUGACACUACUGACACCCAUUCUCAUUCGUUGUGUAUGGACACUGAACCCCACUGAGCUUGGAGCCUUCAUUGUGCACUUAAAAAGCCACCUGAGCUCCUGAAGGCCAUGCUUCACCAUCAGCAGGUGGGCCAAACUCCAGUUUCCACCUCUAGUGCAGGCCCUGCACCAGUAAGUAGCAGGUGGAAUGCCAGUAUUGGUGGGAAAGCUUAAGGAAGCUGCUGCUCUUUGGACAACUGGGAUUAGAGGGAUUACCCACUACUGAUUGCUGCAGAAUGGACUGGAGAAAAAUCUCUAAUUAAUGCUGUGAUUUUUUUCUUCCCCAAGAAGGCAAAAGGUUGAUUUACCUUUGUGAAGAGAAAGCCCUAAUCUAGGAUAUCCACAGGGUGGAUCAGCUGGCUGGAUGAAUGUAUCUGAGGCCCAGGGUGUUUGGGUUACCCCACAUAAAGCACCUAGUACAGUACCUGGCGCUCAGCAGCCGCCGGGGGGUUCCAUUUUAGGAGCAGAAACUUGGCACUUGGACCCAACCCUAACUGCCUUUGGAGAUAAUAGCUCCUAGCCCUAUUUUCCUGCAGGGUUAUGGCUCUCUGCUUCCGUGGUUGGGGGUGUUUUCAACUAAAUAAAUGAAUGAAUGAAUAAG